GGAGGAGGAGGAGGAGGAGGAGGAGGCACGGGUGUGAUGCCAAACCCUGGAUAAAAAAAACAAAGGUUGAAGUCUAAGAAAAAGAGAGCUGCUGGGUGUCCCCUCUGGAGAGGGAUCUGGACUGUGGUUCAGCCCAGAGAAAUGUAGCGCCUCACUGCCCUCAAAGCCGGAUUUGGAGACCUGCCUGCUGUUUACUCAUGAUUUUUCUGUAGUCUGGUCCAGGGCAUCUGCUGCAGUCAUGUUUAGGAACAGCUUGAAGAUGUUGCUGACAGGGGGGAAGGCCAACCGCAAGAGUCGCAGCAGUGAUGGUGGGGCCGAGGACUACGCAGACCCCCGCUCGCCCAGUCUAGACCCUCACCUGAGCCACGUCGGCCAAGGUGGCAGCAUAGACAGCGACUGUGCCUUCGAGGGAGACUACGCCGUGCCCACGCUCCACAUGACCGAGGGCAUGCAGCACAUUCGCAUUAUGGAGGGCGUGUCCCGCUCUCUGCCCUCCUCCCCACUGCUCACCCACCAGACCAUCAGUGUCCGGCUGCAGCCUGUGAAGAAGCUCACAGCCCCUCUGCGGAAAGCAAAGUUUGUGGAGAGCCCUCGCAUUCCACAAUCAGAGCUUGGCUCCCCUACACACACCUCCACCACUGCCAAGAAUCCAGACCUGGACUCGUACCGCCCUGUGUCCGUCCUCCUUGCCCCCCCCACCCCCCACCCCUUCGCUGUGGCUCUAAUCCUCCCUCGCUGCUUCCUCACUCCGCUCUGCCUCUCGGACGCAGAGCUUGUUUAG